CGGUUCCAGGACCCUGGGGGUCCCCCCGGGGGUCCCGGGGGUCCCCCCUGCAGCCGGGACCUGCUGGUCCACCUGAACCGGAUCCACUGCGGCGAGCCUUUUUUCGCCAAGAUGGCCGCCGCGGGCGCCGCGAGCUGGUGCCGCCUGGGGGCCGUGAUCCGACCGUACCAUGAACUGACCGAGUGUUUGGAGCAGGUGGCCGAAGUGGUCGGCUGUUUCUUCCCAAACCCGGACGUGCAGGACUUCUUCCUGGAGGUCCACUCCACCUUCUUCAGCAACUGCUCCCGGGGAGAGGAGAACCCGUUUGAGGACGCCCCCCUGGGCCUGGUGGUCUGGCUCACGGCCGUCCCCGUGGGCCUCAUCCCCGCCCUGGUUUACCUGGUGGUGUGGAGGAGUUAG